AUGAGUAUCCCGGACGUGGAAAACCAUCCCAACAAGGUCCAGCUCACCCGCUUGAGCCAUUUCUAUUUCGAACACCCAGAUCUCCAGAAAUUUAGAGACUUUGCGAAGGACUUUGGGUUUGUUGAGGCUGCGAAUAAAGGCGACACUAUCUAUUAUCGCGGAUAUGGCAAGGAGCCGUACGUCUAUGUGGCCUCAAAAAGCCAGACUGGAAAGCCUCGCUUCUUAGGCGGGGCAUUUGUCGCUAAAGAUGCCGAAAAUUUCCAAAAAGCUGUCAACCUACCGGGUGCGACUGUUACGGAUCUAACUGAUGCGCCCGGGGGCGGACAAAGAGUGACCUUUGCCCGGCCUAAUGGCACCUUCUUUCAUGUGGUGUAUGGGCAGAAAGAGCGGGAGAUCAACCCAUUGCAGGGCCCCCCUUCGGCCACACAUGAGCUCCAAGGCCCCAUCAACAUGCCUUUUGAGAAGGCGCGCAAGGGCCAGUUCCAACGAUACCACCCAGGGCCAGCAUUGGUGCACAAAGCCGGCCAUUUUGGCUACGUGUGUAAAGAAUUCGACGAUGAGCUUGAGUUCUAUACCUCAAACUUCAACUUUGUCCAUUCCGAUGUGCUAUCAGAUCCCAAGUCCCCUGAUAUAGAUGUGAUGACAUUCAUGCACCUCGAUCUCGGCAAGGACUAUUCAGAUCAUCAUUCCUUAUUCCUGAAACGGGCUGAUCCCGAGGCUGGUAAGACUUACAUCCAUCACAGCUCGUACGAGGUGGCGGAUUUUGAUACCCAGUUACUCGGCCACGAGUGGCUGGCUCAGCAUGGCUGGAAGCCUGCAUGGGGAGUCGGUAGACAUAUUCUUGGGAGUCAGAUCUUUGAUUAUUGGCACGAUGCAAGUGGUUUCAAGAUAGAGCACUAUGCUGAUGGAGAUGUUGUGAACAAUGAUAAUCCCACCCACCGGGAGGUCGCUGGUCCCAUGUCAGUUUGGGGACCCGAGUACCCAAAGGACUUUUUAGUGGAUGCGACAUUGUCUGAUGAAUUCUUUCCAUAG